GUCGUUUCUAAGAAGAUUGGAGUUAUGUGGGAAUUUAUUUCAAAUUCAUUUCGAUUUAUUUAAAUUUAUGUAUUCGUUUCUUAUAUUCAGUUACUCAAGUAUCUUGUAUUUCGGACACAGCAACUAAUAAUUUGUGAAAUGUUUUCAAAUUUGACGCUUGACACAAAACCUACCAAGUUGUUCCAAUAAACAACUGGAGCGUGCUUCUCAAAUUGUUUUUUAUACGUUUUCCAAAAUGGCUGCUCACUAUGAACGUUAACAACUUAGUUUAUUAAUGUUUUAAAUUAAACAUUAAUAAGUUUUUAUAAUUUAUUCAUUUGCAAUGAAUAUCGAAACGUUACAAAUAACGUUAUCGAAAUAGUUGACUCCCAUCACUAGACAGAUCUUUCAUUUCAAAGCAAUCCAGAGUUUUGUUAUUUUGCAAUUUGUAGUUAAAUCCGAUUGGUACCUAACCUAUUACCUUAUCCCUAAACUGUGUUAUCAUCAACAUUAUUAAAUAUUGGAUUCUCAUUUAAUUAAUCAAGUGUUUAUCGGCGUGAAAGUAAAUAGAAGUUACUAAAACAAUUCUGAACCGGCUUGUGAGCUAUUUUAGAAUGUCUUCCAAACAUCUUACAGUAGGAUCUGUAGAUCCCCCUAGAACUGAAGGACUAUUGAGAUUAUAUUCUAUGAAGUUUUGUCCUUACGCUCAAAGGGCUAUGCUUGUUUUGAAAGCAAAAAAAAUUCCACAUGAAAUAGUUUACAUUAAUUUAUUUAAAAAACCGGAAUGGUAUAGCAAAAUCAAUGCAAAAACUUUGGUUCCUGCAUUGGCCGAUGGAGAUAAAAUCGUCACGGAAAGUUUAGACAUUGCCGAUUAUCUGGAUGAAAAAUAUCCUGAAAAUCCACUAUACUCUUCUGAUCCAAACGCCAAACAAAAAGCGAAGGAGAUAAUUGAUAAAUUAGGACCCGCAUCGAAGCUUUUUUAUACGUGUAUUUUAAAAGAUGAAGGAAAAACUCCAGAAGAAUGGGCAAAAUCAUUUCUAGAGGUACUUCAACCAUUAGAAGAUGAAUUAGCCAAGUGUGGUACUCCUUUCUUCGGAGGAGACAAACCCGGUAUGGUGGACUACAUGAUUUGGCCAUGGGCGGAACGCAGUAGCUGUAUUGCAAUAAAACUCGGUCAGAAACUACCGUUUGGAGAUGGAGAUAUUCCACUAUUGAGAAAAUGGAGGAAGAAUAUGAUGAACGAUCCAACGUGUUCCGAACUUUAUAUAAGCGGUGAACGAUUUUGGAAAAUCGCCCAAUGCAAAAUUACAGGUACAGAACCUCCGUACGACGAAGUUUAAACUAAAUUUCGAAAAUUCGAAAUUGUUUAGUUCAUCAAAAAAUAUAAUUUAGUAACAUUCCAUUAACUGAUUAAAUAUUUAUCACUUGAAGCUUUACAAAAUUACAUUUUUGCAACAAUUUCUUUGAAUUUUUGUGUCUAAUCACCAUUUUAGUUUGAUAUAUUGGAUAAUUGACUACAUUUUUUUGCUUAUUAUUUAGUAUUUCUCACCAAUAAUCAAUAAAACAGUUAUUUUUUCAAUUUAUUAUUAUAUAAAUAUUUCUUUAAAUUAAAAACACCAUAUCUUAAUACAUAUCAUUAUCUUGUCAAAGAGUUUAAAUAUUAUAAUUUCUAUGAAUAACCUUUCUGGAUGUUGUACUACCUUCAUUUUUUUCUUCUUCUUCCUCUUUUUCAUUUUCUUCUUUUUUAUUUUCCUUUAAUUUCUUUUCUUUUUCUCUACCUCCUUUUUCUUCUUUUUCAUUUCCUUUUUCUUCCUUUCCUUCUCUUUGUUCUUUUUCUUCUUAGUGUGCCUUGUUAGGUCCCCCUUACGUUUACAAUCACAGUGGCGAGCUGAUCCCUGUUUUCAUCCAUUGUAAACGAUUGUUUCGUGCUAAGUAUUCCCAUCCAUUCCUGGAUGUUUCUCAACUGGGAGUUAUUUUUUUCUUCUUUUCACCCUUCAUUACGAGUUGUAGAAUCACUCAACGAUUUCCUAUAAAGAUAUGACCGAGGUAUGACAGCUUUCGACAUUUAACUGUUGCGUUUGCCUUGUUUUGAGAUUUUCUUGAGUAGCAUCCUAUAGCAACUCAUGGUAUUCUUUGUUCUUUUUUGUCUCAGUUUUGAGUACAGACUAUCAUUACAAGAUAAGGGAAAGUUGCUCGGGUCGAUUUAAUCAUGCAUCUAAUUAUCUUAUCCGGAUCCAGUUGCUCAGUGAUAUUAUUAAAAUCACAUUUAUCCAUAGUGAUGCGUUGAGGUAUUGCCGGCGGCUGUAUAACGCUCGUUUCGUAAACGAAAUUUUAUCAUCUUAAGACCUCGAAGGUGGUAUCUGAAGAUGGUAACUUCGUUAUUGAAACGUGUAAUUGUAUUGGUAUAUGAGUAGUCUAUUCAGUAUGUUAUCUGUAUAAUGUUGUUGAUAUUUAAACUAAUAAUUUUGCUAUUAACAGUAAUAAAUUGUACAGGGUAUUAUUCCUUAUCACAGUGUUCUAUAAAGUAGAAAUAUCGGAUAGGAAAUAUUUUGAUAAAAGAUCUGUUUUGUUGAAUAUUGGGAUUUGCGUACUAAUAAUUGUUAUCGACUUUAGAAUAUAAUGUUACGCUUCCACAAUUUGUGCUUCCUCUAUGAUAAAAUAAAUUUUUUUCUGUUGA